AUGAUUCCUCAUCGGAGCACGGCGCUCAUUUCUAUUGUCGUCUUCGUUGCCCUUCUCUUGGUCAUCUUUUCCUCUUCGCCUAGUCCGACUACCGACCCUUUGACGGGCGAGGAAGAAGUGACCGGUCCUGCCAAAUAUGUCCCAAAACUGAGCAAUUUCCAUUUACCCAUGUUUAGGCCGGCUGCGCAUGAACCUCCGGAGCAAAAGAACAGCACGAGCGGCGAGUCGAAGUGGUACAGCCAUUGGGAAUGGAUCAACCCAUUCUCGUCCUCCAUCACCCUUGACGAGGGUCGUUCCGUCCUUCCUCCCCUAGCGGACCGGCCAUUCAUCUACACCUACUACGAUGCGAGCAGUGAAAAGAAUAAUAAAGAGGAGAAUGCGGACGGUCAGCUGCUGCUCGCAUGGCGCAGGGCUUGGUAUGCUCAAGGCUUCCGUCCCAUUAUCUUGGGCCACGGCGAGGCCAUGAACAACCCGAUGUACGAAGCCGUUCAGCGAAUGAAACUCAACCCGGACCUCGAAGCGGAUAUGUUUAGAUGGUUGGCGUGGGGUAACAUGGGCACCGGCUUGCUCGCGGAUGUUCACUGUUUCCCAAUGGCUCGGGUCGAUGACGCGUUGUUGUCUUAUCUGCGCCGGGGCGUUGAUCCUACUCAAAUAUCGCGCUUCGACCACAUCGGAAGUGCUCUGUUUGCAGGUGACAAGGUGCGCAUCAAUGAUGCCAUUCAGGAUGCGAUCCAGAAGGAAAAUACCCAAGCGAAGUCGAUGCUGGAAAUAAUUUCCCCGGAAUUGUUUAGGGUCGAACAACCGACUGCCUUGGCCUACUACAGCUCCACUUCGAUUACGAACCAUUACCCAGAAAUUGCAGAGAAAAUUGUCAGAUCUCCCACCGCUGGACGACUGGCGCUUGUCGAGCUGAUAAACUCCCACCUGCACAACACGUUCCAAAACACCUUCCCGGCAGGAAUCGCUGUUCUGAAGCCGUUCCCCAAAUAUACGACAGCCCUCGUUGAGCCCUCCUUGCGACUGGCGAAAGCCCUCGCCCAAUGUUCCACCUCUCCGAUGCCGUCUUCAUGUCCCCCAAGCAAUCAGAAGUGCCACCCGUGCAGUCCAGACAAGUCGCUGGUUAUUACCCAGCCUUCUAUGUACAAGAACACAUCCCAGCUAUUCACAAUCGGCACUCUUCCUCAUCCGUAUACCCUUGUCAGCCUACAGAACAACACCGAAGAGGUCACGAGCCGGUAUAUUCGCCGCGAGACCGAACGUGACGCGUGGCUGAAGGAAGUUACCAGUACCGUUGCGGACAGCGAGCUUGGAGGCUCUUCAAGGGCAGUGAUCUUGAAAGAAGCCGUCGCAGGUGAUUCCGCGAUCGGCUCCUCGCUCUGGAUGACGGUCGAAUCUCUGCCAGCGGAGGCUGGCCAGGCUCUUCCGUCCGCACUUUUGGAUGAAUUCGAAUGGCAACUCGGAUUCAAGAUUCCCCGCGAUGGGAAUGUCGAUCAGAAGAACGAAGGCAAAGCCAAGGAAUCCAUGCAGCACGCGAACCCGAGCGAACAGGGAAUCGAGCGUGAAUACGAUCUUCUCCAGAAGGCCCGUGAUGCUAUUAAGGACAAGAAGAACAACCGAGUGCAUAUCAAGGACAUGGCUGAAGCAUGGAACCUGGCGGACACCGAGGUGUGGCGGUUUGUGCGGGCAUACCGGGCCCGAAGCGUUGUUGAACGCAGGCGGUGGGAGGAUGAAGAAAAGGACUUUGUAGGAGCUAGGUUGAAAGAGUAG